AAAUACCCCUAUUAAUGUAAAAAAUGGAUGAAGAUCAGCAGGCUUUAGUGAGAAAUUUCGAUUCAAUUAAAGAUGUUCCAGAAACCCUACUUUCAUACGUCGAUAAGUUUGUGAAAAUCCAGGUUAUAAAAAACAGGUGUUUUACGGGCUUUCUACAUUCUAUUGAUCCUGUGAGUCUUAGUGUUAUUCUCUCAGUACCUCAUGAAGGUAGUUACAGAACCACUGUCAUACCUGGGCAUGCAGUUCAAGACAUAGAAGAGGACACCCCAAGUGAUGAUAUCAAGCCACCUACUCGGAAACCCGUCACAGAGCCAACAGAAUCUGACACGAUCCAGAGGAAAGCUCGGCUGAUAGCCUGGUUUAAAAAGAAUUUGUUGCCUUUAACAGAAAAUGGAGAUGGUUUAAUAAUCGGGAAUGUUAGUGUGCUGCCGCCAUAUGGCGUGAAAGACAUUUGUGCUGAAAAUCCGGUGGUUUUUAUGCAGAUUAGAAAACUAAUGGAAUCAAUGCCUACUGACUUUCAAGCUUAACAUAUUAUUUUGUACUGGUAUAAUUGUUUGUAUA